CCACCUUCCAUGAUGUCGUCCCCCGACGGAAGUCGAGCCCAAAAGAUGAGACUGCCCAUUUUUACACACAAGGAACGGCUGGAGGUGCCGUCCCCAACAGAGAAGGACUGGUCCAAGGAUGAAGAGGAUUAUGUCUUCAAGGACCCAGACCAGGAGCUGGAUUCCCUGCCUCAGCCUUAUCGAAUGAUCAACAAGCUGGUGAACCUUCUGUUUGACAGGUCGUGGGAAGUUAUUGAGGAGAGGGACAGGCUGAGGGAGGCGGAGGUCAGCCGGAUCCAGCCCACCAUCUACCCUCCAGUUUUCGAAAGCAAGUUCAGCGAAAUGCCAAAAUGUAUGGCCAUUUCCCAAGACUACGUGUUUAUUGCAGGAGCCAAAGGAUUCUCCAUCUAUAAUCUGUAUGAUGCUAAACUAAUAUAUGUUUGUGAUAAAAUCAAGGCUGAGGUCACGUCCAUCUGGGCCACAGAUUUGGGGAGCGAAAUACUCAUUGUUCCGUUGGAUGAGAUGGGUAUCGUUAGACUGUUUUACCUUUGUAAAGAUGGACUUUUCCUCGUCAAAACCAUCAAUGAAGUGGACGAUACAGCCAAGCAAACCACCUGUGUCAAGACGGAGGUCUCGCACGGAGGGGACUUCGCAGCCUUCCUCCUACAAGGAGCUGGAGAUACUUGGCUGGAUGUGUAUAAAUUGCCCAAGGAGUCUUGGCUCAAGGAACUGGAGCACCCUCAAGUCGCUAUGAAUCCAAAGAAAAAAGUCAGGCAGCCGCAACUGGUAGGAAAGAUCUGUGUCUUUUCCUUAUUGUAGGAUAUAAACAUUUGUUUUAAAGGAGACGUUAAGUUGAGUUUUCCAGUUCACAUAAUAAAGAUCAAACCACCCAAACCAAUUACAGGUACCACAUUUAAAAGCCCCCUGGAAGUCUUUGCUAAGACAGAGGGCUGCUACGGGCUGGGCUCGGGGCAGAACCACUUCAUCAAGGACAGUCUGUGGGAGCAGCAGUCCACCAUCUUCAACGCCACCUACAAGAAGUACCUGGAUGGGGAGUGGGAGGAGGAGCCGCUCAGUGUGGCCACGUUCCACUUCCUCCUUCCUAGCUGCAUAAUCUCGAUGCCAACAGAGGUCAAGAGCCCCUCAGGGGUAGCCUGUGCCCUUGGCAUACACUGGACCGGACGUCACAACUACUUCAUCUAUUCACUUAACAGAACCCUGAAGGAUAAAGCUGACCCCGAGGGCGUGUGGCCCUGCGCUGCGCCCAUUGCCGUGUCUCAGCUCAGCUCCUGCUGCUCCUACCUGGUGCUGGCCUGCGAGGAUGGUGUGCUCACGCUGUGGGACCUGGCCGAAGGCUUCCCCCUUGGGGUCAUCGCCCUUCCUGAGGGACGUCCCUGCCAGAGCAUUCACUUCCUGAAAUACUUCAUAGUCCACGAGGGACGGAACGUGUAUCUCGAGGGGCCGGUGAAAUCGCAGAUGAUGUGCGUGGUGCUGUGCACAGACUCCUCUCUCCACCUGCUGGCAGCCCAGGGCACCCGGGGGCCCACCCUCAGGGUGCUGGUUGACAGGCCCGCCAAGCACCCGGGUGAGGCUCUCUGCGCGGUGGUCCCGGCCCCAGCCUUACCGGGCAUGGUGCUGACCGUCUCCAGGAACGGCUGUGUGCACCUGCUGGAUGUGGCUGGGCCUCAGGUGGUCUGUGCCUUUGCUCCCCCCAGACCCUGCCACCUGGCGGUGACCUGGAAGCCAGUGUGUGUCGUGUCUUUGCACCACCCGUACUUCUUGCUCCGAGGAGACUAUCCGGAUGGGGCCAGUGACACCCCAUACUCUGUCUUCUAUUUUCAUUUUGACUCCUACCCACUGCUGGAGAACAUCUCGAGAAACUGCUGCAUUUCUCAGGCUGACGUGGACACCACGGCCUUCCCCCAGGCGUUGCCCUUGGAGAAAAGAUGCGAGAGCUUCCUCCAGAAGAGGUUUCAGAAGCUGGAGAACAAGGUGAAGGAGCAGGAGCACUGGACCCGGCUGCGGAGGUAUUCCCUGUUUCUCCAGAGAGAGACCCUGAGGAAGUGA